UUGACCUCAGCAUUGCCCUUGAGCCACCACGACAUACCCUGUUGUCAGAUGCACUGCGUCAAGAAGCAUGUCGCUGUGUCGAUCAACGUUCAUCUACAACAAGAGGACAUAGUGCCGUCUUUUCAGUGCUGACAUAAUCUAACCACAGCUAUCAACCAAAAACAUCAACUUUGUAAAAUUACAAGGAAAGAGUUGCAGUUGAAGAUAUGGACCAUUUCCCUAAGUGCAGCAUUUGCAAGCAACAGUUUUGCUACCAAGGACCACCUCCCUGGUUGCUGCCAUGUCUACAUGCUGUAUGCAAGGUCUGUCUUUCUGCUGCUGAGGCAGGGGCGUUGAAAUGCUCGUCUUGUCACAAAGAAUUUGAUAAAGAAAAACACAAGUUCCCAGAAGACAAGGUCAGGGUAAGAGAGAUCUUCAAUCUGACUGUCCUUCAUCGUCCAUCCGAGUUGCAAUGCACUAACAAACAAGAUGGCGGACAGGCUGUCGUGUGGUGUAAACAGUGCGAGGCUCUCUUUUGUGAAAAUUGUCAAGUGGCUCACAGUGAUUUCAAAAUCACAAAAGGUCACACAGUUCAGACAAUCGACCAAGUGGCACAAGAUGGAGUCUCCAUAGAAGCCAAGGAUGCUGUUUGCUCCACACACCAAAGGCCUGUUGAUGUCUAUGAUGCGACAUGUGGAGUUCUGAUAUGUUCCAGGUGUACACGUGGCGAUCAUGCUGGUCAUGGCGUUCAAGAAGUCGACGAAGCAUUUCAAUCCAAGCAACUUGAAAUGAAAACGAAACACAAUCAACUGUUGAUCCAUCAAGAAUCCUUAAAUGAAUCGAUUCUACAGAUGAACAGCAUUGAAGAAAAGAUUGAUGAGAAAUGCUGUUCCCUGCAAACAUUGAAGGUUCACACAAUAUCUGAACUGAAGUCUUUAGUCGACCAGAGAGAGAAGGAACUUGACCUUGACCUGAGCACCUGCUUUGAACACAUCAGGGAUGGAGCCAGGGAGAAGCAGCAGGAACUGGAGACGUCCCAGAUGUCCCUGAACACCUCCCUGACCUACAUAGAGAAGGCCUUGACCUUGACACCAGUAGAGUACCUGGAGCUCCAGGACACCAUGAUGCAGAGCGUGGACUCCUGUCUCUCUGAGCACAUGUCUGCCAUGAAGCAGCAGGAAGCAGCAGCAGGUGUUGCGUUCUCCAGACAGGGUCUCCGGGAUCUCAAGACUGACAUUGCCUCCUUUGGAUGCUUCCUAACAUUACCGGACCGGGAAUCUCAGGCCAAUCAGCAACAGGAUAACCAAGGUACAUCAAAGUACGCUUUCCUACAGAACGAGAUUGGGGAUCUGCAGAGAAGGUACCAUGAGCUUGAGAAGAGAUCACUGAUGACUGAGAAAAUGUUGAAAGAAAAGCUAACGAUUGAGGAGAAAGCGAAAGACCUAGCACAUAAACAUCUUCAGGCGAGAAGUGAUACGAUAACAUCUCUGGAGAGGGAGCUGGAAACACAACAAACAGCAAUAGACACAUUUAAGAAGCUGGCAGAGAAAAUAGGUGUGAGGCUGACCAGUGACUUGACCCUUAUCAGUAGUCAGUAUACAACCGGCGUGCCUGUCAAACUCAACUGUCCACCACUCAAGUUUGAUGUCCUGCAGGCAAACUUCAGUCUAGUUGAAGUCACUGAGAGACACAUGGUCAACCGCCCUGCUCGCAACCCGCCAUUCACCACGAGGAAGUUUAACAGGUACAGCGGAACUUGCGGCUCCAUGACCCUUCCUUACAUGCUGUCCUCUGCACCUGUCACUACUUCCGGGUCCUUCCAAGGUCAAGGUCAACUUGUUCCCUCAUAUUCCCACGUGUCUUCUGACCCCACAGAUCCGUACUACUUUCAGGUUCAUGUUAGGAUAGUACAAACAGCAGCACAAAUACAAACACGUAUAUUUGAAAUUGGAUUGUCUGCGCCAUCUCAUGCUGAUAAAAGAGAAUGUGGUUAUUUUAGUUGUGGAGUACAAGUCGGCUACUGUAACACUCACAAAACAAUAUGCACACAACGUGUUGACUGUUUUGAUCGGCCUUUUGACAACAAGCCAGGAAUGUCGAUGCUGACGUAUGGCGUCGUGUAUGAUGCAGUGAGGGGGAAAGUGGCAUUCAUUGAUGUCAACAAGGAGAUGAUACUAACAUCACGGUCCGUCAAGAGUGCCCAACUUCUCCCUAUGUUUGGCGUCAAGCAGAGUAAGGAGUUUACAUUGGAGAUGACCUUGAUGGAGGUGAAGGACAAGGACAUCAGUGCAAAGUUACGUGGUGUCAUUCAACGAGCUCUCCAAUGAACACACAAGGAACCUAACCUGCCUAUCAAAACACAUCGACUGACCAAUCCGAGUAUCCGAACAGUUGUAUUACGACCUGUCGGCCUGGUGGUGGGAGGAAAGCCCAUAGUGAUGCAGGUCUUAGACGUUACCACUUUUGUGAAUCCAUGGACAGAAAGCAUAAUAAAUAUUGACUAUGCAGUUAAUAUGUUAAGGAUAAAACACUUAUCGGAUCUGGUUGAUAAUGUAGAACGUUGCUCGCGAUUUUACAUUCACAACCCAAACCAUGGAGUGUUUUAUCCAAAGUAUGAACCGUUUACAUCAUGAAAUAACAGCAAAAAUAGGAAAACAUCAAGAUAUCUUUUGUGAAACAACACAAUGUGUCGCGGUAUAAUAUCGAUCAAAGAGUGCGAGAGCAAAACCCACGUGCAGCAUGGACACAACUAAGUCAUGACAUGUAAAAUUGAACAACAUUUUAUCACCUGCCUUGGUGGGAAAACAGUGAGUUACAAACCUUAACACAAUAUAUGAAGUUGCAGGUCCGAUUCUGUCAUCAAUAAUGAAAGGGUUUCAUUUCUUGUCUUCAAUUUUAGAACAUUGAAAGUCGAAAUUUCAUCUGCUACUCAGCUCAUAAGGUCUUACUUCUAAAGGUAAACACUCAUACAAGGUCUUACUACGAAAAAGUAAAACCCCCUGAGGUUAUUACGAGAUAGGAAGAUGCCUACAAUACAAUAGCAAGUCAGCAAGCUUACACCUGUAAAUACAAAAGAAGCUAAUUGUCCUUCUAUUUACACCUUUAGCAAUGUAUUUAUGCCAUAAAGGUUGUCUUACCAUUGUAUAACAUGUACUCUGUAUAAACCGGAGAAAAUAAAGAAUAUCUGUAUCCACUGGUA